UGUUUGUGGGCAGUGUAAUGAGGGAGGGAGGCGAUAAGACGCUGAUAAAUUCUCUAGAGUGAAAGGAAAGGAUCUCUCUCUUUCUCUCUCCACCAGCAGAACCUUGAGCGCAAACACAAAGAGGAAGAGAAGCACUCUGUUUUUCACGCAUUUCCAUCCCAUCACUGAGUGGACGUACGGCCCCGGGCUCCGUCACCAGGACGCGCCUUCAGCUCGCGUGAAGGUUUUCGCCGCCGCUCCAUUCAUCAACCUGCUCGCCGUAGAGAAGAACCCGGCGGAGUCUAUCGAUCCGUUCCUCCGGCGAGUCAUGGCGAAAGAGCCCGAUCGGAACAGCUGCCUCCUGCGCGAUGUGCGGCAGCGAGCCGGGAACGAGCUGUGCGCGGACUGCGGCGCCGCAGAGCCGGAUUGGGUGUCUGUGACGCUGGGUGUGUUUGUGUGUCAGGGAUGCUCGCUCAUCCACAGAAGCACCGAAGGCCUCAGCCAGGUGAAGUCUGUGCUGCAGGACACGUUUGAAGAUAAAGAAAUCGAGUUCAUCACGUCUAUGGGGAACGAAGCGGCAAAGGCCAAGUACGAACAGCAAGUUCCUCCGUUUUAUUACCGUCCCUCCCACACAGACUGCAGGAUUUUGAGGGAGCAGUGGAUCAGAGCCAAGUACGAGAGGCAGGAGUUUACACACAUCGACAAACAAGAGCCUUAUUCAGCAGGCUACAGAGAGGGCUUUCUGUGGAAACGUGGUCGAGACAACGGACAGUUCCUCAGUCGCAAGUUCAUUCUGUCUGAGCGAGAAGGAGCGCUGAAGUACUUCAACAAACAGGACGCAAAAGAACCAAAGGCCAUAAUGAGGAUCGAAACCCUAAAUGCGACUUUCCAGCCGGCUAAAAUAGGAAACCCCUGCGGCCUGCAGAUCACCUAUCUGAGGGACAACAGCACCAGGAAUAUCUUCGUGUACCACGAGGACAGUAAGGAAAUGGUGGACUGGUUCACUGCGAUCCGGGCAGCACGGUUUCAUUACCAGAAGGUGGCAUUUCCUGGAGCUAAUGACGAGGACCUGGUUCCCAGACUCACAAGGAACUUCAUGAAGGAGGGUUACAUGGAGAAAACAGGCCCAAGGCACACAGAGGGCUUUAAGAAAAGAUGGUUUACCAUGGAUGAUAGAAGACUAAUGUACUUUAAAGAUCCCUUGGAUGCGUAUGCUCGUGGCGAGGUGUUCAUCGGCAGUAAAGAGAACAGUUACACCGUGCUAUCAGGACUGCCGCCCUCCACCCAGGGAUACCACUGGAAGCACGGCAUCACCAUCGAAACCCCGGACAGGAAGUUCCUGUUUGCGUGUGAGACCGAAGCGGAGCAGAAGGACUGGAUCGCCGCCUUCCAGAGAGUGGUCAACCGUCCCAUGAUGCCUCAGGAGUACGCAGUCGAGGCUCACUUCAAGCACAAGCCUUGAUGCCGGCUGGGACCCUGCCGCGGGCGGGCGGGACGGACCGGACGAUGAACAGCUAGAAUCUGUCCAACGUGGCGCUCCGGAGCGAGCGAGCGCAAGAAACGGCCCCUUCCUCCCUCGAUUUAGCGCCAGCGGCCCCCGGGACGCCGGGGCCGAGCGCCGACUCCGAAGCUUUCUCAUCAUGAAUGUGCAACCAAAGGGCGCCGUCACUGUACAAAUAUGGCAUGUGAAUGUUGUUCAUCAUCGCUCUCGAACCUAACAUUUAACCCGUAAACCGCGAGGCGAGCGGCGCGCUCCGACCGACGUCUAUUUAUCGGGUUUUCCAAGUUUAGCGGAUCCUCGAGGCGCUACGAUACACGCGGGGCUUUCGUUCAUCGUCAUCGAUCGUUUAAACGCGUGAAGGCCGCGUUAGAAAACCGGUGUGACCAAUAUAGGGUUCAUACGCUUCAUGCUACGUCUGGUGUGUGUUCUGGUGCAGUGUGUCAGGUUUCCACCGCUUGAUCGAUCCUCCUCCACUAGGUGGAAGCAUAUCACAGGUUAAGAUGCAUGUGCUCAUCCCUCGUUCUUUUUAUGCAAAAUAGGGUUGAUAUUAGCCAUAGACUGAUAUAUUGGCCGAUAUUUGGCCAUUUGGAGAUCACCUGCUGAAAACCGAGUCGACUCGACCGAAUAAAACUAGUGCUAGCUCCCUUCAUAGUAGUCACUUAAGAAAACAUUUAGGCCUAAAUGGAAGAUUUAUGUCUUUGCAUCGCACGCGCAAUUGGGGUUGAGCUCACCGUGAUGCAUACCCUAGUGAAAUAAAGUAUGUUUAUUUCAUUCUAAGCACGCAUUUUCAUAUUCAUGUAUUUAUAAAAAUGUCCCGCUACUGUACAUUUAGCAUACAUUUAGUAUACUUCAAAUCUGCUGAAAAAGUGACAUUAAAACACAUUUAGACUAUAUUAUGAAAAGUGCAUUGUUUAAUUAUGAUUUUCAUAUCGGUAAGUCUGGAGUUAUCUGGCAGUAAAUAUAUUAACUAUAUUUAUUAAAAAUUUAUUUUUAUUUUUUACUUUAUCGUGUAUAAAAUAAACAGGUCAAAUAAACUAUUUAGGUUAAUUUAUUUAAUUUAUUAAUAAUAAAUUAAUACAUUGUUUUUAAAUAGGUUAUCCAUAUUUUAACCAUUUUUUUACCGCGUAAAUAUGAUUGAUUUCACAAAUGCAUCCCGAGUCUGAGAAAUGAAAUAUUAUUAUCAUAACAUAAAUGAAAGCUAUCCGAUGCGAGUAGUUAAUAAUAAACUAUGAUUUAUGCCUUUUAAUUUCUGAAUGAUUUACAUAUAGUUUGCGGAUGUUAAACCCAAAUUUUGCAUGCAUUUAAAAUACAUAAAUAUUAAAUUUAGGCCUAAAUAUUUGUAUGCAAAACGAGCUUCUAUUUAAUUCAAGCAGUUUCAUCUGCCGUCACUAAAUUGCAUUGCGUGUAUAUAUAUAUAUCAGCGUUAUAUUGGUCAUAAAAACAAACAAACAAAAAAACACUCACUUUGGUUGACCACUACUUUAUAUACAGCAUCCUUCAUUUCGUCCAGACUACAUCGGAUGACUAUGAAGAACACAUUAGAAUAUUCUCCAGGUUUGAUAUAAUGGAUAUGAAUGUUUAGAUGCAGGUUGUAAUAAUAAUAACCUGAAGCGUAUCGCAGCUCUUGUAAUGUAACUCCGGCCCUCCUGUUCAGGUUUUGAUGAUGCUCUUCAGGUGUUUUUCUUCUUAUUUGUUUCAAAUAAGGGUUAGUGAAUGUUUACCCUGGAAAUCGCGUCAUGGUAUCACCGUAGGUUUGUUUUUCGGGGAGCCGUACCACGGUGAAGGAUAAUGUACAGUCACUCUCAUCCUGCGGCUGGUCGUUACGUCAAAGUAAACUAAAAAUAGAAGUGGUUUAUUUUGUGAUCAUGACUGUCUGACUGUACAUUAUCUGGCUACGUAACACAUAAAUAAAUGUGUGGACAUGAACACAAAAA